AUGUCUUUGGGAUUCUUCACCGUCCUCCGAGCUCAGUACAAAAAUCUGCCAAUCUCCUUGAAGAAGGAAGAUUGUGCAGGGAAAACCUAUAUUGUCACUGGUUCCAACACUGGCCUGGGCUUCGAAUGUGUGAAGCAUCUCGCUGCCAUGGGCGCUGGGCAGAUAAUUAUGGGAGUGCGUAAUACUUCCUCUGGAGAAAAGGCCAGGGCUACUAUUGAAAGCCAAACCGGGUGUUCAAAGAGUGUGAUUGAAGUUUGGCAUAUGGAUCUCUCCAAGCUCGAAACCGUCAAGUCGUUCGUCGAGAAAAUCAAAGGAUUGGACAGAGUCGACGGAAUCGUUGAAAAUGCUGCUGUGGCAAUGGGCGAAUGGGUCGUUCCAAACAAGAAGGAUGGUCUGGAGAUGAAUGUGGCGGUGAAUGUGAUCGGAACUAUCUACAUGGCGGUGCUGCUCAUCCCCUUUCUCCGGGAGAUGGGGAAGCAGCACGAGGCAGAUGUGCCUAUCACCAUCAUCGGCAGCAUUGUGGCGCUUUCUCCAGAGGCGAGAUCAUGUUAUGAUAAGCUUGGUUCUGGUAACAUUUUGGAAGAUGUCGCCGAUCAGGCGAAGUGGGAACCCUAUCCAUUCUCCAAAUUUCUCUUAUACAUGUUUUUGAGAGAGUUGGCCCAUCGCACGCCCGUCACGAAAUCCGGCGUCAUCGUUAAUUUCGUGAGCCCCGGAAUUUGCUACACGGAACUCGACCGCAAUGCUCAUGGCCCUGUUGGUCGACAAGUCAAAAUGGCUCGAAUGAUCAUGGGCCGAACCGCCGAGAUGGGGAGCCGUACUUUACUUCAUGGCCUGGUUGCUGGGAGGGAAAGCCACGGAAAAGUGCUUUCGGAAUGCGAAAUCAAGGACUACUUUGUGCCCGAUUGGAUGAAGGAUGAAAAGGCUCUAGCAAUCGGCAAUCGAAUUUGGGAAGAGGUCUCUGCGAAGCUUGAGCAGUUGGACCCGGGGUGCAUGGAAGCUGUUGCAAAUUAUUAG